ACGGCUGCCAGACAAGGAAUAUCUUGUGUUUCUUUAGAUUGCUAUUGACUUAUAACUAAAGGGCCCAGGAUGCAUUACACAACAACCGCUUUUCUGGCUUUGCUAGCUGGCACCACGUCUGCCGCUGUCGGUGACUGGCAACAAUGCGGUGGCAUUGGUUGGAGUGGUCAAACAACAUGUAAUUCUGGUUCCGGAUGUGUCAAGAUAAAUGAAUACUACUCCCAGUGCCAGCCCGGAGCAGCACCAGCACCCAACCCAGAACCCACGCCCACACCCACCCCAUCAGCUCCAAGCAACUCAACUCCAAGCGAACCAGCCACCAGCAGCGUCCCAGGCGGCACUGGGCCCGGCAAAAUCCUCCAAACAGGCUACUACUGGAUCCGCGCCGUGGCCGCCCCCAACUUCCACAAGUAUAUCCAAACCAAUCCACUCUACUCCACCGGCCCCGCCCUCCUGGGCGACUACACUACGGCGGGCCAACUCCAAGUCGUCUCCGGCCAACUCGUGCAACUCGUGUCCGCGCCCGGCGCGCCCGUCAAGCUCCUCUACGCCAACGUGUCCCCUGAGCGCUCCAUCAACAACAUGUCUCUCGCCGUCACCUUUUCCGAGACUAAGAACACGUACGGCACGUUUGCGUGGGGCGGCGACGACCUGCAGUGGACCAGCACAGACGUCACACGGCCGAACAAGAGCGCGUGGUAUGUGUGUACGGGCCAGAAGCUGUAUAUCAAUCUAGGCAAUUACUUGUACCAGACGCCAAGUGGGUGUGCGGAUCAGACGAUUCAUUAUUACAACGAUAAGACGGCUAACGCAUAGGUUCUGAGUUAUGGGAGAAGAAAUGGAUAUUAGAGACGCCCUCUUUUCUUAUUAAAUAUUGAAUAUAGAAGUACAUAUCAAACAGCGAGAAGGGAGGGGGGGUUCCGCGAAAUGCCAUGUGUUGAACUAGCAAUUACAGCGGUUCUCUUCUCUUCUCACCUCUUGAAGUCAGUGUGUGUUUUUUUUCGCACAUAGUACCGUCGUUUGUUUACAUGUAUCCAGCUUGCCUACCGCUUCCACCAAGGAAAAGCCAAAGCGG